AUGCGCACUCUGGAGGAUGCCAUUAUCAGCGAGACACAGCGAUUCGUAGACAACAUUGCCAGGCUAAACGCGCUUGUGGCUUCCACCAACGAUGAUCAAGUCAAACCGCUAUUCGACAAGCUACUAAGUGUAGAAAGGAAAAUGAGCUUGGUCAGUACAUCCUUCCAGACAUCUUGGUAUGGACGCAAGCAUGAUCAAGACCAUGUAGAUAAACAUAGCACCAAUCGACCAGCAUUUUAG